GUAACAAACAAAGCGAGGACUCCUCCAAUAGUCAACAGUCAACAUAAUUUGACCGUCCCUGUCCGUCUUCCUGCCAUCUAUGCAUGCCCUGAGCACACAGCUCAUGAAACGCGCAAAGAAAAUCCCAAAAGCAGCGGAAAACACCCCUUCUCACUCUCACUCAUCGUCCACACCCAUCUUCUUCCUUCUUGCUUGGUAAUCCCUCUUUUCUGCCCCCCCCCCCCCUCCUUUCUUACCCAUCACCCCCCCUCCCCUAAAAAACAUCUGCAAUCCCUCGAGGCCUCAAUGUCUGUGCUUGUUUUAUUGAGAUGUAAAAAUGAAAAUCUGACGGUGUAGAAUCUUGGCUCAAAGAGUUAUAGUCGGAAAGAUGGAAUCUUUGUUGCCUUUAUGAGCCUGAAAUUGCUGAAUUUAAUGCUUCAGAUUGUUUUUAAUAAUGGGAUGUGUUUCAUAGUCCAGAGAGGGAGGGAGGGAGUAGUAAUAAAUUUUAGGGACCAAGUGAUAAUGGUGGCCUGGCUUCCAUUAUUGUGAAUAUAGAUAGCCCUGAAGCAUUUAUACUCUUGAGAUAUAGACAUAUAGUCUUUGCUCUUUCCUAUUUGUCCAAAUCUAUACUGCUUAAUGAGUAUUAGCUUCUUGCUCUGAGCCUCUUACUAUUAUCUCCCUGCAUCAUAUAAUUAUUAUUAAAAAAAAACCUUUUUUUGUUUCAAGUCCCCUCUUACUUUAUUCUCUUGUGAUGAAAUUUUUCCUGGGUGCCUAUUUGAAAAUGAAAAUGAAGGUGAAGAGUGGAGAGUAAGAACGAUAGAAUGGGAAGAAAACCUUGCUGUAACAAGGAAGGGUUAAGGAGAGGAGUAUGGACACCUGAAGAGGACAAGAUUCUUGUUGACUACAUCACUAACAAUGGACAUGGUAACUGGAGAUCUCUCCCUAAACUUGCAGGUCUGCUCAGAUGUGGAAAGAGUUGUAGGCUUAGGUGGGCAAACUACCUUCGCCCCAAUAUUAAGCGUGGUGAAUUCAGUGCAGAAGAAAUUAACACUAUCAUUCAACUUCAUAGUGUUCUUGGUAACAAGUGGUCUGCCAUAGCCUCCCAUCUGCCAGGAAGAACAGAUAAUGACAUAAAGAACUACUGGAACUCACAUUUAAGGAGGUUGACAGUUCAUCCCAACCAUCAAAACCAGCAGCUGUCUCCUUCUGUUGAAUCUUUGAGUAAAAUGGACUGCGACCCGUUUCUGCGUCUUUUGAAUUCUAAAGUAGGAGAAUCAUUUUGUGGUCGUUUCCAGAAAUCUUAUCAAAACCCAGAAAUUCCACAAGCUUCUGCUUCAUCAACUGGCAAAACUCAGUCAUGUUCUGGGAUCACACUGCAGAAUGAUGAACCUUCAAAGAAUUUCUGCUCUUCUUACACCAUGCCUAUGCAUUGCAAAGUAGAGGAAGAGGAUAGCUCAGAGAUGGCAAUCAAGCUGCUGCUGGAUUUUCCUGCGGGUGUUGAUGAAAUUCUGGGAUGGUUGCAUGGGCCAGAAGAUGAUCUCUCGUUUUAUGAUCAUCAAUGCUAACUCAUCUAAAUCUGCAUAUUAGCAGCCUAGUUUGAUCAUAGAGAUGCUGCUACAUGUAUCUAAAUAUAUUUAGCAUCCUGAUUUUGUUUUUACUUAGCACUGCUUAGGGUGUGGUAUGAUUUAUAAGUAGUUUUGCUCUUAGUACCAGUGUACCACAAUACAUUUAGAAAUAUGACAAAGAAACUGGUAUGUGACUCAUUUUGGUAGGUAUGCUUGAGUGAUUGACACAAUUA